AUGCAAUCUGUUGAUCAGGUUAGCCAUAGACGCCGUGACAGCAAUAGCAGCAACUCCACAACCCCUAAUCCCAAUAUACUAAAUAGUCAUCAUGAAAAUAUCAGUCAAACGACCAUAUCAAAUUCCAAUGGCACCAAUGCUACAACUACAGCCACUGCUUCCAAUACUACUACUACUACUACUACUACUACUGUACAUAAUAUAGAGUUUACCAGUCCAUUCACAUCGAAAGGAAAAGGGUCUACCGCUGCAACGGCCACAACUGUAUCCACUGGUGAAGAUGCAUCUGUUCCACCUUCGUCACUUACCAUCCACCGAAGACACAGGCUUAGUGUAUCUCAUGAGGAUAUAGAUCUACAAUCUGCUGAUCCUGGAACCAUCAGAAUUGAUUGUAGUGGAGCAUACAUAGCCAAUGACGAUUUGUUGAGAGGCUCGAUAGCAGACGACAACAGCACAUCGUCACCAUCAUCGUCAAACACACUGACACCACCCUCAUCCAGUACUUCAUCAGAUUUGGAAGAUGACGAAUUAGGGGAGAGUUUAGCUGAAGAAGAUGAUAGCCGCGCUCGAAACGGGGUCAUCACCAAGAACAAUAUCAACUUGCCCAAACAUAAUGAUGAGAUUAUACACAUAUCGGUAGAUAUUGGUGGAACAUUGACCAAAUUGGUGUACUUUAGCACAUCCUCGCUGUCCUCUUCUUCAUCAUCAACAUCUACACCACAUUCUUCAAAACAUAGAGCAACUGGAGGUAAGUUGCAUUUCAAAGAUUUCCAAACUGAGAAUUUCAAAGCUGAAGCAUUGAGGUUCAUGAUCCAUUUGAUCACGAAAUCAAUCUCACAAACCAAUUCACGUCCUCCUAUAACGUACAUUAUGGCAACUGGUGGCGGAGCUCAUAAAUUCUACAAUUUAAUGACCAAAACAUUUAGAAAGCGCAAACUACCCAUGAAAAUUAUAGCCAAGGAUGAAAUGGAGUGUUUGAUAAAGGGGCUUGAUUGGCUUAUCACCAAGAUCCCUCAAGAAAUCUUUGUUUACGAUUUAAAUGACCAAUGCACCCGAUUCCAGCCAUUACAAUCAGAGCAAGAGAUUUACCCAUACUUAUUGGUCAAUAUAGGUUCAGGUGUUUCCAUGAUUAAAGUGACUAAAGCAGGGCCCGAUGGAUUUGAAAGAAUUGGAGGUAGCUCCUUAGGUGGUGGUACGUUGUGGGGGUUACUUUCAUUACUAACUGAUGCGAAAGAUUAUAAUGAGAUGUUGGAGAUGGCCCUGCAGGGAGAUAACGAAAAUAUUGAUUUGUUAGUUGGGGAUAUCUAUGGACUGAAUUACAACAAGAUUGGCUUGAAAGCGAACCAUAUUGCUUCGUCAUUUGCUAAAGUGUUUAAGAAAUUGCGAUUCAAUAAUAAGCCAAUGACCACCGCUGAAAGAUUGUCACAGUUUAAACAAGAGGAUAUUGCACGGAGCUUGUUGUUUAGUGUCAGUAAUAAUAUCGGACAGAUUGCCUACUUGCACGCAUUGAGAUUCAAUUUGAAACGGGUAUAUUUUGGUGGACUGUAUAUUCUGGGACACAUGCAAACUAUUCAUACUUUGAGUUAUGCAGUUAAUUUCUGGUCGAAAGGUGAUAUGCAAAGUUACUUUUUGAGGCAUGAGGGGUAUUUGGGUAGUGUUGGUGCGUUUAUGAUGGGCCCUGCCGUGGAAGAAAAUGGCAAGACACAGCAACAGAAACAAAGUCAGAGAGUGGGCCAAAAGACACAAGACAGACUUUCAUAA